AUGCCUUUAAUUCCUUCUCCCAUCGAAGUCUCGGGCUUGCCUCAGAUGCCGGUUCACGCCUUAUCGCCUAUCCAUUCUCCGCACCCGUCUUCACCUGACCCGAACCACGAGGAACCUGCGGACCUCUCAAGAUCUGCUAGCUAUACCUACCUGACCACACUGUCCAAGGAUGGUCCAGCUCAGAUCAAACGAACCUUUUCCGAGAACGUCCUAUCCAUGCACAAUCGAACGGAAAAGGUCAGUGAUGGUGUUCAGAAUGCAAACAAGGAGCUCUUCCGUCGCGCCUCCAAAAAGGCAAAGAAACGCAUGUCCUUGAGUCAGGCAAAAUUCUCACUGGCACACGACGAUGAUGACACAAAGACCAACGGCGAUUCACACGAAUACCGCCUGUCUCGCUCCAUGACCGGCACCUUCCGGAGUCUCGCCAGGAAGUCAUGGAUGGGCUCUCGAUCCUCCUCUCCGGUCGAUGACGAUAAGAAGUUGGACCGGAAGCAGAGCUGGUCGCCUGCGAAGAAAGCCGGCCGUCUCGCCGCCGACCGAAUCGCUGUUCCACAGAGGGCUGUUUCACGGUCGCCCUCCGCCGACUCAAGAGAUGACGAGCGGGAGCCUCGCACAGCACGCCCGCCAGUACUCGACACCAAGUCUGCUAAGGCUCCACGGAAAAGCGACAUCAGCCCUCCAAAACGCCCUUCUGCCAGAUCGUCCAUAUCGUCCUUCCGGAGUCUGGCCUCGAGUGACAAGCAGAAGCGUAACUCAAGCAGACCGCCCAUGCCGCCCUCGCUCUCUUCGGAUCAGCUCUCCGCACUCGAAAAGAGUAACAAGAGAGACCCUCUUUGGCACGCAUUUCGCCAGAUCGAAGGAGAACUGAGCUCGUUCCAGGGCAAGACCAGUAUGCAGAAAAGCAAAGUGCUACGUGCCGUCCUUUUGCCAUUUCUGCAGGACAAUCAACAGCAUCCGGCCUCGCUGGUGUUGCGGCCCGAAGAUCUCGACAGGCGGGUCACUAUCCUCAACAAAUGGUGGUGCGUACUGUUGGAAAUUUUGGCUGGACAUCACAACCAGAUACUGUCCGGCUCUGACCGGCCAGCCUUUCUGGAAGCAGCUGCACAGAUAAUGAUGAGGCCUGAAUGGCGCAUUCCUGGCUUUCCGACGUCGGAAAUCGAGACUCAAGCGGCGACACAGCGUUCAAACGGCUCUACAACCUCCACCGAGUCCGAACAACUGCUUGAGACCAUCUAUCAGAACAUUCGCAGCAUCUUCGUGCAAAAUCUUCUCGCACAACUCGGCUACGUGAUCGACAAACUGUGCAUGCGAAGCGCACCAGCCAGUCUGGUCAAUUUCAGUGGCAGAACCUGUGCUUACGCCUUUUUCUUUUGCCCAGGAGUAGCCGAGAUGCUCAUUCGGUUGUGGCGUUUGACACCAGGCAUUCUUCGCCGCAUCUUUGUCGAAGCUGGCAUUGAGCGCGGCGAGAAACUCGAGACGGCCUCGAAAGAGCUAGCUGCGUGUUUACCUGCGCCAAUGCAGGAUCUGGUUUUUACUACACAGGCUUCACUUGCUCGAAUGAUGCAGCUUCGUCGACAUGUCCCCGUUGGUACUGAGCACUUCAAAUGGCAUGGACCGUGGCUCGGUAGAUGGUCUGGUCGUGACAGCGAUCUAUUCUUCAACUUCACCAAGUUCUAUCAUCUGCUGCUGUCCGACUAUAUUCCCGAGCAUGUUUCAGCGAGAGAUCGAGUAUGCACACCUGGUCUGGCGCCCGUCCUCGCGCAAGUCCUCACCGUACUCGAAACGACCAUCUACCGACAAGCUGGCCAGUCUGCUGUCGAUAAUUAUGCUUCAGGGACUGCUGCUGGUAUGGACGUAGCUGAUUCAAUGGCGCCCCUACCGAUGACCAUUGCCAACGCCACUCGACAAAUGAACGAGAAUCGACUAGUCAUGCUUUUGCGAGACAUGCUUGGCGAUCCUCAGUUUGGCAAUGGCCAGGUUCGCCGCUUGUUUGUGAGCGGCUACGGCGAUGUUGUCAAAGCUGCAGCAAGAAAGGUCUCACUCUAUAACAACGAUGCUUGCUUCGUGCUCUGCGACUUCUUGGAGGAGAUGUUCCCUCUUCUUGCACGACACCAUCAGGAAAGUCUAAUCGACUGGCCUUUCUGGUUGCAAGUCUGCAAGCAGAUGAUGCAUAGCCAGAACACCUUAACACAGAUACGCCUCAUUGCAUUUGUGUACAGCAUGUGGAACAUACUAAUUACUAAUGACGAACGAAAACAGGAGUUGAUUUUGGAUUGGCUGUUGGAUAGGAGCGUUUUUGAUACCCUUUUCUGUCACUGGUCGCCGAUGGUGCGGCAUUAUUUUUUCCGCCUACUCUGUUGGAGAGUUGCGCGAAUAGACCAUGAGCCAUCUGAGAUCGACCAGCAAAGAUUGCGAUUGCUUUCUUCGCACCUCAAUCGUGUCUGGGCAUAUUAUCAGUACCUGAGUGCCGAGGCCGACAUGCGAGAUCUAGUCCAGCCAUCGACUGUCCCAUGCUCACCAGCACCGAGCCGCGUCCUACUUAUCAUCCGUACCGAUACUGCCGGUCAGGGCAUCAACGGCUCCGCCUUCUCGAACUUCGACAAAUUCCUUGCGCAAGGCCUCAGCACUCAAAGCAAUAGUCCGUACCAGAAGAGCUCAUCGGCCCUGACGAACUCCGUACCAAGCCCAGAUACGACGCUGCAGAAUGGAGUCAAGAAGAGAUGGAGUAUGCUGAAGAACAUUCUACCAUUUGGCACGCCUGGCAACGACCGACCAGGCGAAGUAACGCCACCUUCUACACCAGACGAUCGACGGUCGCUGCAUGACGUUUCACGACCACCGACACCGCCGCAUCAGGCGUUUUCGUUCAAGUUCUCCCUGGAGUGGGCCGACAAGCGUCAGCAAGCCACCUACAACCAGCAGCAUCGGAAGCUUGUGGCGCCAUCGCUUCCUAUCAGUGCCGAAGAGGUAUUCAGGACCAGCAUUUCGAGCACGCAUGAAACGACCCCGUCGAAGAGAAAGUCCGACGUCCAGCCGCGCAAGCCUUCCGGCUCAUCAGCCGAAACAGCACGCUAUGCUGGGCGAGCGCUGGCGGAGUGGUCACAGGUCAUAACAGAGUACCGCAACUUUCUGGUGAGACGACGACAGGAAGGUGUGCCGAAGUUCGCAUUGGUCGAGACGCCGACUUUGGGCGUUGAGACUUUUCGCAUGAUGGGUUGA